GACACCAGGGGGAGGCAGCCCGCGGGGUGGCAGCUCCCAGCCCGCGCCCGCCGAGUCCGCCGCCAUGGGCUCCCCGCAGCGCCCGCCGCUCGCCCACGUCUUCAAGGGGACUUUCGUGCACUCCGGCGCCUCCGCCCCCAUGGAGAUCCUCCACGGACACCUUCUGGGGGUGGACGAUAACGGGACAAUUGUGUUUGUGGAACAAGCUGAUCAACUAGAGCAACUGGCUAAGACGUGGGGGUUCAAAACAUCUGACAUAAGACAACUGAGUAAACAUGAAUUCUUCAUGCCAGGAUUGGUUGAUACACAUAUUCACGCCCCUCAGUAUUCAUUUACUGGUACAAGAGUAGACCUGCCUCUUUUGCAGUGGUUGACUUCCUACACGUUCCCAACAGAAGCCAAAUACCAGGACACUGGUUUUGCAGAAGAAGUGUACACCAGAGUUGUUAGACGAACUCUAAAGAAUGGCACGACUACAGCCUGCUACUUUGCAACAAUUCAUACAGAUAGUUCCCUUCUUCUCGCUGAAAUUAUAGAUAAAUUUGGUCAACGAGCUUUUGUUGGAAAAGUCUGCAUGGAUAUGAAUGAGAGUGUGCCACAAUACAGAGAGAUUACUGCUGACUCUGUGCAAGAGACAGAAAGGUUUGUUAAAGAACUACUGGAAAAGAAAUAUCCCAGAGUACAACCUAUCAUAACCCCGCGCUUUGGCCCCUCCUGCACAGAGGACUUGCUGAAUGCCCUUGGGGAAUUAGCACAAACCCACGAUCUCCGUGUGCAGAGUCACAUAAGUGAGAAUGAAGAAGAAGUCAAACUUGUGGAGAACCUGUUUCCCGCCUACCAGAAUUACACUGAACUGUAUGACAAAAACAAGCUGCUAACCAGCAAGACAGUGAUGGCCCAUGCCUGUCAUCUUUCUGAAGAAGAGCUGAAACUUUUUAGUCUUCGUGGAGCUGCAAUUUCACAUUGCCCCAAUUCUAACUUUUCGUUGCGCAGCGGUGUCUUAAAUGUGCGAAAGGUUCUCGAACACAAUGUGAAGCUUGGCCUUGGCACAGAUGUUGCUGGUGGAUAUUCAGCUUCUAUGCUUGAUGCUAUAAGGAAAACAAUGAUGGCGUCUAAUAGCCUUCAGAUCAAUAAAGUGAAUGAAACAGGACUAACUCUUGAACAAGCUUUUCAGCUUGCCACUCUGGGAGGAAGCCAAGCUCUAGGACUGGAUGAUGUGAUUGGAAACUUUGAGGUGGGAAAAGAAUUUGAUGCCCUGCUAAUCAACACAAAGGCUUCAGAUAGCCCUUUUGACUUGUUCUCUGCGGAUGAUUUUGAGGACACUCUCCAGAAGUUCCUGUAUCUAGGAGAUGAUCGGAAUAUUUCUGAAGUGUAUGUGGCUGGAAAGCAAGUGGUUCCUUUUUCAAGCUCUGUGUAAAUCCAUUAUCUUUUGCAAAACACUCUGCUGAUCAUUCUGCAUCUGAUUUGGAAAAGAUUGAUUAAACACAGUGCCUGAUCAUCAGGAAUGACACCUCAUUUUUGGAUAAUGUUAUAAAACUUGCAAACAUUGAAAAUUUUGUUAAACCUUUCCAGAAUUACUUUAGUGAAAUUUUCCUAGUUCUAAAGGGAAUAGCUAUUUAAAUUUCUUUGGAAAAAUAACAUUUGUGCAUUGAUUGGGGAUUUGAUGAAUACCUUAUUUAAAGAGGACACCUGCUGCUCUGUUUAAUAAUAGUAUAGGAAGCAUUAUGUGGAACAAUGAGAUGCUCAUUGUCUAUAAAAAUAAAAAAAACCCCAGUGCUUUUGAACUGAUUUUGCAGGUAGUGAAUAUCAUGGGAGAAUACAAUUUCCAUAAUAUUAUCAACAAGUAUGGAACAAUCAGUGGCAUUUUGGAGAAUGUAGUUUUCAGUUUUUCCUAGAAGCACUUUUUUAAAAAAAAAAAAAAAAUAAUUUAAAACAUUAUUUUUUAAGAGGGGUUAAGAAAGAAGUGUGUGCUUAUAAAUAAAUAAGGGUCCUUAUCAAAGAGUUUAGAGUUGUCAUUUGUAGUCAGGCACUUCUUUGAAUUACCUUGAUAUGAGUGGCAGCUGAAUGAAACGUCUGUUAAAUUAGAAGCAGGCACUAAGAUAUCUCUGCAGGCUACACAAUGGCAAACAAUUUAAGAGGGUUUUCUGGACUAGCAGGAGUGCUUCAUCUAGUUCAGCAUCCUGCAGAAUCUUCCCAAACUCAUUUGCUCCUGACUGUUCAGACAGGAUAAUAUACCUUCUCCUUUCUGUAAGGGAAGUGAGUGCAUUUAAAAAAUUUCUCUUUCUGGCCUUUACCACCUUUGACUGGAGGUGAAAAUCAUCACUGAAAAAACCAGUUCAUCUUUACUGUGCUCUUUGUAUUUUUCAAUAUGGCAGCCAUAAUUUCAGCCCUGUACAAUUCCAGUAGUUCAGAUAAAAAAUAUGCCCUUUUAGUUUUGGAAAUAUGUCUGACUUCCUUUCCUAAAAAAGGCAUAAUUCCCUGCCUUUUUUUUUUUUUUUUUUUUUUUUGAUAUGUUCGAUGAGGGGAUUUCUUCUUGUUUCUCGAUUAUGUUCUUGCAACUCACGAAGAAUGUAAGCUUUAAUUUCAGGGUCAUUAGAGACCAAUAUUAUAUUUAGAUACUGUAAGCAUGUGUUGAAUAUGGUUUUAAGGCCUGCUUCAAACUUCUUUGAUUUCACUAAGCCUCAUUUCACACUUUUAUCUCAUUGCCUGGGGAUAUAGGACUUACCUCUGUUCACAAAACAAGGGAGGUCACUGCACCAAAGUUUCACUUCAUGUCUGCUUCAGAGUGCUUGGCCCAAUGACAUUUAUGUUCUGAUUUUAAAGCAUUUUCAGAGCUUAUGUUUUGUUAUGAUUAUGCCUACAUGAGACAGCAUAGCAUCAAAGGGAAGUGUAACAGCUAACUUGGGCACUUAAAGCAGUACAGUCUGCCCAGUGUGGUUUUCUUGCCAAAGCUGAGGGGCCGUACCAAACAGCAGGGAAUAACCAGGUGUCCUGCGGAUGUCACCUGGGUGCAGCUGCUCACUGAGUUUGCUCAGGUAACUUCCAGGUUGCUGCACUGUGCCACUGCUUGCUGAGGUACAGCCUUCCAACCCAUUAUGCGCAAAGAUUUCUAAGGCUUUAGGAGUCAAGAUCUAAGGAUUAAGAUUUACAUAUUCCAUCAGGGUGUUUUCUCUGUCAUGUUUUUCAUUUGUCCCAAUCACUUACAAAGUAGCGCACUUGUUCAGCAAAUAACAACCUUCAGCUCUUUUAACCUGGUUUCCUGGUUCAGGGACAUUUUUUCUCAUGAAUUUUGACAUGAAUUUAAUUGACCAAAUUUCACAUUUCAAAACCAAAGAACUGUGAGACACCUGUUUUAAUCCUCCCAGUUAAUGUUUGAAACUAUUUUUAGGGAAUUACAUGGUUUUCAGCUUUGGUUUUCCUGUGGUGGAGAAAGAUCACACAGCCUUGUGUACAAUGUAUGCUAGUGCCCUGCUUCUUUGCCUCCAGAGCUAUGAAUUAAAUCAAUGCUUUUAUUUUAGUGGUAGUCUUAACUGUCUCUAACUUAAUUGUUUUCCCAUUAUUUUGUGGUGGUUUUAAGAAAGGGAUUCAGCAUUUCUUAAAAUAUUUUUCCAGGUGGACAAUUGCUUAUUUGCAAUCUGAGAACACACUAAAACUUCAACACGUUCAGGACUACACUGCUUACUCAGUUACAAAGGGACUCUGUAGGAUAGCUGCUGCCAGUGAGCUCUGUAUCUGAACCUUUACUGAGUCAUGAGCAGUUUGACUCUUGUUAAAUUCAGGGACAAGGUAGGAACUCACCUUUUGAUUAUAGCUUUUUUUUAAUGUCUAGUAUCCAGACAUUACCCAGACAUAGAAAUGGAAAAUCAUCUUUUUAAAAACCCCAGCUGGAGGAGGAACUCUGCCUGCAGGUAGUGCCAUGAGCUGCCUGCAGUACUCUGCAAUGCCCAAGACCAGGAAGAGUGAGGCCCAAGGUGGAUAGCAUUAUAUUAAAUGCUGAGGUGUUCAGGGGUGAAGGAAAGAAGUCUGAAAUUGAUGUUUGAGGAGGCCAGUGGAGGAAUUCAUGUAACAAGCAAACUGAGAGUCUUUUGACAGCAAUAUUUAAGUAGAACUGAAUGGAGAAAAAAAUGUGCUGCCAGGAAAGUUAUGUGGGGUCAUCUGAGGCAGUCCCAAAAGCUUGUUCAGUGGAAGAUGGCUUAUGUGUAAAAAUUUUAAGGUUUUUGGUCACACAAAGAAUGUAGUAGUCAGAAUUCUCUGAUGUAAUUUAGGGAAAUUUACUCACUAAGGAUCACUAAAGAUUCCACUGUGAAGUUUUGGUCCUUGAGACUCUGUGCCUGUGUGUAGGUUGCCAAGAUGUUUCAGUGAGGGAGGAUCAGUGGAUAAAAGCAGUUACUGCUGGCUUACACAUCUACACUAUAUGCAGCUCAAGACUACAUAUAUUCUGCUUCCUUGGAUAUGUAUCCCUACUGCGUAUGCACUUUGAAGCAGACCAAGUAAUGGGUUCAGAUUCUUAGUGUCUCUUCUAGAGGCUGGCGUAUAUUUGGAAGACAGCUGAGCCUCCAUUGCAGUUUCCUCCAAAAUAAGCUUAAUUCUUGUAUACCAAAACCACCCUGCAAACUGAACUAAGGUUCAAUAAGGGAGAAUGAUUGGGAAUUUAGAGCAGCACUAUUGUCUCAGUUCUAGCUAAUGGAGGCUAGAACUUGAACUGUUCCCCCUCUGUUCUCAUCCCAUCACAGAACUUAGUAGCUGAAUACUAAUUGAAGCAACCUUCUUCCACCUUCCUCCGUUUUCACUAACGCCACCUCCCCCCACCCCCAAAAAACCAAAACAAACAAACCAAAACAAAAAACCCCAAACCCUAAAAUGAAACAAAUGAACACUAAGGGGAUAUGAGUAUGUGGAAGAAAAGAAAAGAAUAAUAUUCAAUCAGUAUAACUUGACACAUAUGACAGUGUAAAUUGACUGAUUAAAGAUAAAACCUCUGGGAAAAUGUACAUCCAACAGAUUCUAGAUGUCUCUCCCCAUAAGUUUUCUUACCAGAUGGUGGAUGACAUCUUUCUUUCUUUCUUAAUAUGUCUUUAUGUUCAAUGGUAGCACACCAUUCAGACAAAGGAGAAAAAAAGGGUAUUUGUGUAGAUCUUGCUUGUUGGGACAAUAUGCUUACUGUGUUCUGUGGUCAGAUGAGCACUUACUAUAAAGAGAAUGUAUUUGAAUUAUUGUUAUAUGUUGAUCUCAUCAUGUCACUUUAGGUUUUGAAAUACUAGUAAGAAUUGCCUAUGCAUUAUGCAGCAUAAUUUGAAUCAUUCCUGUGUGGCAAGUGGAGUUCUGCACUUUAAAAUGUUGCCUUGGCCUACUGUUUAUAUUUAUGCAGUAUUUUUGUGAAAUCCUAAGAUUUUGUAGGGAAAAUUGUGUAUUUUUUCACUGUACUGAAAUUUUCAGUAAGUCUGCUUUCUAAAGGGAACUUUAAAAUUACCCUGUCUAAAAGUCUGUGCCUGAUUAUACACUUAUUAAU